CUGAAUCUAGGCAUUCUUAAGUGAGAAGUGCUACGAGAAGCUCCUUUACUCCUUCAGCUGAAACAACCAUGGUCGGUACAGGUGGUCCAGUGCCCACUUUCUCCCCGUGGGAUUAUGUGGUGUUUGCGGGAAUAAUUGUGGUGUCAGCAGGCAUCGGCCUUUUCCAGUCUUUCAGAGGACGUAAGGAGGCCAGCAGUGCAGAGUUCUUGUUGGGUGGACGGCAGAUGACAGCCGUACCUGUUGCCAUGUCGCUCACGGCCAGCUUCAUGUCUGGCAUCUCAGUCAUUGGCACACCUGCUGAGGCCUACCGGUUUGGAACUGCCUUCUGGCUCUUCGGGUUCUCCUAUUUCAUCAUGUCUGCCAUUACUGCUGAGAUUUUUGUGCCACUUUUCUACCGACUGGCGAUCACCAGCGCCUACGAGUACCUGGAGUUGCGCUUCAACCGUCUCAUUAGGGUUAUCGGGACAUCAAUGUACAUCGUACAGACGGGUCUGUACACCGGUUUAGUCAUCUACGCUCCUGCUCUUGCACUUAAUCAAAUCACUGGACUCAACCUGUGGGGAGUGUUGGUGGCUACAGGAGUAGUGUGCAUCAUCUACUGCACUUUGGGUGGCCUGAAAGCAGUAAUCUGGACAGAUGUGCUGCAGAUGGUGAUCAUGCUGACAGGUUUUGUAGCUGUUAUAGCAAGAGGAUCUGUCCUGCAAGGGGGCAUAACAAAGAUUUUUGAAGAUGCUGACCAAGGCGGCCGUCUACACACAUUUGACUUUGACCCAGAUCCUCUGAAGCGACAUACUUUUUGGACUAUUGUAGUCGGCGGUAGCAUUAUGUGGCUGUCUAUCUACUCGAUCAACCAGUCCCAGGUGCAGCGCUACAUCUCCUGCAAAACCUUGGGACACGCCAAGAUGGCUUUGUAUGUGAACAUGGUUGGCCUGUGGUUAACUGUGAGUCUGGCUAUGCUUUCUGGCCUCGCCAUGUACUCCAUUUACAAGAACUGUGACCCAUUUUCAAAUGGUGAUGUAGGCACUUAUGACCAGCUGCUGCCCUACAUGGUGAUGGACAUACUGGCAGUCUACCCUGGAAUCCCUGGCCUGUUUGUAGCUGCGGCAUACAGUGGCACUCUGAGCACAGUGUCUUCCAGCAUUAACGCCCUUGUGGCCGUCACGGUGGAAGACUUUAUUAAUCCCGUGUGCAAAAACCUCACAGCGAAACAAGUGAACUGGAUGAACAUGGGAUUGAGUGUAUUCUUUGGUGCUCUGUGUAUUGGGAUGGCUGGAGUUGCCUCAGCGAUGGGAAGCGUUCUGCAGGCAGCUCUGUCCAUAUUUGGCAUGAUUAGCGGGCCUCUCCUGGGUCUCUAUACGUUAGGAAUUCUUUUCCGAACAUCAAAUUCGACAGGAGCACUUACAGGACUGAUCACUGGUCUGGUGUUGACUCUGUGGGUGGGGAUCGGAAACCAGCUUUACCCACCAACAGCUGACAAGACACUUCCUCUCCCCCUCACCACUGUAGGCUGCAACAACACAAUGGGCCAAAGCAGCACAACAGCAACUCCCUGGACCAGUCCAGUGACUCUGACUCCAGAGCCUGAGUAA